GGCGUACGCAAGAAGAAGGAGGCCGCGGCGGUCAGCGCGGGGAUGUCGAGGACCUCCCGGGCGGUGCUGGGCCUCUCGGUGCUGCUGACGGCGGCCACGGUGGCUGGCGUGCAUCUGAAGCAGCGACAGGACCAGCAGAGGCUUCGAGAAGGAGUGAUCAGAGACAUUGAGAGGCAAAAUCGGAAAAAAGAAAACAUUCGUCUUUUGGGAGAACAGAUUAUUUUGACUGAGCAACUUGAAGCAGAAAGACAGAAGAUGUUGGAAAAAGGAUCUCAGAAAACAUGACUUGAAAUGGGUGUGAAAUAGCAGUGGGGCAGUGCUGAGUGAGUGAGUUUGUGUGUAUAUGUAUGCAUGUGUGUGUUGAUGGAGUGUAGCUUAGUGAUCUGGAGCCCUGUUUUUUGGUCACUGUCCAUUUCAACCUGAUGAUAUAAGGACAGUGACUCUUCUAUAUUACUUUUGGAAUCUCUUGUGACUGAAUAAAGACGUGGUGAGCAGAUGCUCCUCUGACGAA